AGCGCCCUGUGGUGGGUACCUGCUAGUCAUACGCUAGGCGGGGCCUUCCACUUCCUCCUCUCACUUCUUAUUCAGCCACCACUGACGACAGAGACUUCAGCUGGGCCAUCCCCACCUCUCCCAGGGGGAUGGCCCCUAAGAGUGUCAGAAAGCAGCUGAGCACGCCGCCAACCCUCAGCACCUGCUCUGAUCACGCACAUCCCCUUCCCCAUGAGUCAGCUCCGUAGUAAGGAUCUGUCUGCUGGGAGCUCUGACACGGAGAGCUGAGGAGAGGUUUCCUCGGGAGGGAGCACUCCUUCCCCCACAAGGGGACAGGCCAGAAUUAAGCCCUCUGUCUUCUGGGUUUCCACCCCUUCUCUUUCUCCUUGACUUGGGAAAAGGGGGAGCCUCUUUCACUUCUGCUGGGGCAGCUGUGUAAAGGGGAAACCUGGGCCCUCUCACUCCUCCUUUCAGGGGCAUCUCUUCCCCAGGUACCACACCCCUCCCUCUUCGCAGCCAUGCUGCUUCUCAUCUUGCCUGAAGUCUCCUGCAGCCCGAGGGUUUCGUAGAAUCUUCUCCUGGGUCUCCAAACCUCCUCACGAUGGUCCCUCACUGUCCAUCCACCACCAGAUGUUCCACGAGUCUCCAAAGCUAUCCAUCCCCAAAUUUUCAAAUCUCAUGCACAAGCCCCUUCAUAGACCACCUCCAGCCUGCCCGCCCCCAGGUAUCACUGGCCCCGCCCCGGGGUGCCUCGGUGGUUCCCAACCCCCUCCGCGACGACUAGGUUUCCCCCGGUUGAGACCUUCCCCAGCCUGGGCGGGAGUCGGGCUCCGGGCAGCGCCGCCCCCCCCUGGAGGCGGGGCCUGUGGUCCUGGGGGCGAGGCCAUCGGAGGCCGCUCCCCGUCCGCACCCCCGGUCUGCCCAGCAGAUCCUAUAAAGGGAGGCGGCUAGCCACCCGCCUGGCUGGCAUCCCCGAGCUGCUGCCAGCCCCGCCGCGCGGGGCGCCGGAGCCAUGACCCUCCGCCGACUCAGGAAACUGCAACCGAAGGAGGAGGCGUCAGCGGCCACCCGGGCUCCCGACUCCGAAGUCGCUCCGGCCCGGACCUCGGCCUCCGGCCCCCCUGCCGCAGCCGCCAGCCCUGGGCCCCCCGGGGACGAGCUGUACGCUGCGCUGGAGGACUAUCACCCCGCCGAGCUGUAUCGCGCGCUCGCCGUGUCCGGGGGUACCCUGCCCCGCCGAAAGGGCUCAGGAUUCCACUGGAAGAAUCUCAGCCAGAGUCCUGAACAGCAGCGGAAAGUGCUGACUUUGGAGAAGGAGGAAAACCAGACCUUCGGCUUUGAGAUCCAGACGUAUGGCCUUCACCAUCAGGAGGAGCAGCGUGUGGAGAUGGUGACUUUUGUCUGCCGGGUUCAUGAGUCGAGCCCUGCCCAGCGGGCUGGGCUCACACCAGGGGACACCAUCGCCAGUGUCAAUGGCCUGAAUGUGGAAGGCAUCCGGCAUCGCGAGAUCGUCGACAUCAUUAAGGCAUCUGGCAACGUUCUCAGGCUGGAAACUCUGUAUGGAACGUCAAUUCGGAAGGCGGAGCUGGAGGCUCGUCUGCAGUACCUCAAGCAAACCCUCUACGAGAAGUGGGGAGAAUACAGGUCCCUGAUGGUGCAGGAACAGCGGCUGGUCCAUGGCCUCGUGGUGAAGGACCCAAGCAUCUAUGACACUCUGGAGUCGGUGCGCUCCUGCCUGUACGGAGCCGGUCUGCUCCCAGGCUCACUGCCCUUCGGGCCCCUGCUGGCUGCACCUGGGGCGCCCCGUGGGGGCACACGGCAGGCUGGGGGUGACCCCGAUGAUGCCAUCUACCACACGUGCUUCUUCGAGGGCGCUGAGCCGCCUGCUCCCCCGCCACCCCCAAUCCGCGCUCCGGGCCUGGGCCCAGCUGAGACCCUGACCUGCGGACUGCGGGCAGGGCUGAGCCGCAGCGCCAGCGUGCGGUGCGCGGGCCCUGGGGGCGGCGGCGGCGGGGGCGCGCCAGGAGCGCUCUGGACUGAGGCCCGCGAGCAAGCCCUUUGUGGCCCUGGCCUGCGCAAAGCCAAGUAUCGCAGCUUCCGCCGGCGGCUGCUCAAAUUCAUCCCCGGACUCAACCGCUCCCUGGAGGAGGAGGAGAGCCAGCUGUAAGGGAGGGGCAGGCGGGGAGGGGAGGUAUUUAUUUAUUUAUUCGUUCCAGCUAGUGCAAAAAGAGAGGGGGGUUGGGGGGUCAGGCUGGCGCCAGGCCCCGGAGAGGGACCCCAGGAGCCCGGAGCAGUGGGAGAGGGUCCUUGCCAGCCCAACGGGCCUGCUAGGUUCCUGGCUUGUCUCUGCCCAGCAGUAAACCCAGGCCACAGACCCCUUUACUCCUCCUCCCUAAACCAUAGUGGGAGUUGGCACAGGGGAGAACCAGGCAAGCUCGGGGUUGGGAGAGGUUCGGGGACCAAAGAUGGGGUGUGCCGUCCUACAUCUGGUCAUUGGUGCCUUGUGGCCUGUGCAGGAAAACUCCUUCAAGGGGGUGGUGACCCUGUCCCGUGAAGCCCUCUCCUCAGCUUUACUCGCUCUCCUUGGCCUUGGGGAGAAAUGACCUAUUGUGGGUAGUUCCCCCACCGCCUAUACACACACCCACACACCCAAACAGGUCCAUCUAACCAGUGGGCCCCCCAGGGGGCCUACGAUGCUGCUCCCCCUCACUCCCAGUCUUGAUCCUUAAGGGCUUGGCCCCUCCCAGGGGCCUGUAAGUUGGGUCCCGCUGGGCAGGGGUCCUGGGUUCUCUGCCCUUUGGGGGACAGAAAUGGGCAUGUUGGGGUGGGGUGGGGGCAGCACAGGCUGUUCCACCAUUUCGCAUAUUGUUGCUUCUGAACCACAAACUGUA